ACGCAAUACCUUUCAUAUUUUGAAGGAUCCAAAAAUGAUGCGACGAACUAUCAAACCGAUCCUGCUCCUUAUACUUGUGGUAGCAGUUCUGACAUUUAUUAUCCGAUUGAAAAAAACCUCUCAGGAACGGAUUUCCUCUCGUCCGGUAGCCUUUCAGGAACGGAUUUUCUCUCGUCCGAAAUGGGAUUUCAACAUCAAGAAUAUAUGCGGGGACCAAUUAGCAACUUCUGGACAACAGGAAGUAGUAAUAAUGGAACAUCAACUACCAAUCAAAACCGAUCUUUGUCCAUUGUCCGUCCCUGAGAUAGAGCGAACUUACGCCUGGUAUUUCAACAACAUUCAGAGUAUAUGUGGUAACCUGAAGCGCUUUGGUAGAGUCAAAGAUGGCGGAUGGGAUGUAUGUCUGGACGAAGAUUUGGUACAGAAAGGUCACUGUCUAGUUUACUCGUUCGGAAUCGAUUUCGAAUUUAGCUUUGAUGACGGUAUCUCUGAAGAAUGGGGCUGUAUGGUUCACUCAUUUGACCCGAGCAUGAACACAGACAGUCAUCGACGAAGUCCUAAGGUAUAUUUCCACAACUUGGGACUUUCCAAUUUUAACGGAACGACACCGGAGGCCAACUGGAAAAUGUUGACAUUUCAGGGCAUAAGACAAGAACUCAACCACCAAAACAUUAUUCCAGAUAUUAUUAAAAUGGACAUAGAAGAUUGGGAAUGGCAUGUUAUACCGGAAAUGUUGACCUCCAAAGCUUUAACCGGCGUGAAACAAUUCCUGGUGGAAUUUCACUUUUCAAACAUACCGGAGGCGGAUACGGAGGGAUUUUGGAUAUCAAAAUUUUUCCUACUCAAAGAAUUGUAUGCAAUGGGAUUUCGAAUGACCUGGAUUACACGGAAUCUCCUGAAUGUUUGGCAGUCCCGCGUAACGGGAAAAGACAUCAUUGGUUGUUUCGAGGUAACAUUUAUCAGGAGGUGAUAUCAAAGAGCUUCUUUUUAAAUCAAUAUUAUAAAAUUACAAAAGACAUACCAUUACAACAAAGCCAUACCACUAAAACAUAGACAUACCACUAAAACAUAGACAUACCACUACAACACAGACAUACCACUGAAACACAGACAUACCACUGAAACACAGACAUACAACUACGACACAGACAUACCACUGAAACACAGACAUGCAAUUAAAAUACAGACAUAUCACUCCAACAUAGACAUAAUACUUCAACAUAGACAUACAACUACAACAGACAUAACACUACAACACACUACACCACUUCAACACAGACAUACCACUAC